AUGACAACCAGCCCCACUGUCCUCCAGAAUGGCUCAAUGCCUACGACUGUCACUAACCUCCGUUCACAACUGGGCGCAAGCGGCAUUCCGAGCGGCAAUUCGGCAUUCGCUCGGUCCAUCCACGACUUUACCAGGGUCGUCCUGGGAAUCGAAGCUGCCAAGAGUGACCUUCCUCCUGCGCCACCCCAAUCAACACUUUCGACUUUUGAGACUCCAUCCAAAGAGGCAUCGACCAAUACUGUUAUUCUUGCGCGCUUCCGUUCAUACCUCUCCGAAAACAAUCUUUCAGACCUCGAGGUUGGAGGGAGGACUAAGUGUAUCCCUGUAGUUUGCCGCCAAUUUUUUGUGCAAGACAUGGCCCACAUCAACAUCCAUCAUGUUAGCUUUGCAUGGGCUCAAUCCCCAGAUUCACCCUAUAACACGUGGUUUGCCAGUAUGAUUUUGAAACAUUUGACUUUUGCAAAGAACACCGGCCUCUUGUACAAAUACGCCAUCUCACCCACCGACGACACCGCUGCUAACGGUCAAAAGAUUAUGUUCCGUUGGAUUCACGGCCGCCAGGGUGAGCUUCGCAAAUCGGCUCGGAGCCUCAACUGGCGUCAAAUCAAAGCCGACCGUGAACAACGUAGCAAGAGGAAGAAGCAGCUCAGUGAUCAUCGCGUCGACACUUGUGUGGCGUUGGGCGUCCCAGCUACCUUAACCCGGAUCUUCAUGGAUCCCGCUUGCACCUCUGACACGGAAGAAGAUGAUGCAGGAAACCUCUAUCGCUUGCACGUACCAUGGCGCUCUCAAGAAUUGACUCAAUUUGCUCACAAGUUGGACGAGGCCACAGUGGAACGUUUGCGCGAGCAAAAAGGUGCUCGAUAUGUACAAAAGGCUAAAUUACUGGAACUGCGUCGACGCAAUCCUAUAAACGUACCCCAACAUGUCCGAGUACCUAUCGGUUUACCACAAAACUGCUACGCUCCUAUUUACGUCCAAUCCAGAGGCCAGGUCGCCCAGGAAGUCUUGAAUACUCAUAAUCCUCCAUGCGAAUUUCCUGCUAUCUGA